UUUCUAGCAUGCACCACAUGUGACCGUGGCGGCGAUGUGGAGUGGGCAAGGGGAUCAACCAUUGGAGACCCGAGAGAAUUAACUGUGAAGGAUCAUGGGAGGUGGCAGAUGGACGAGAGUUGUGUGGGCAGAGCAAAGCCUGUGAGCGACCAGAGAAGACCACACACACCAUGGACCACGGCUUCAGCUUCAACACGCUGAAGAAGCUGGCGGCCGAGCCGGACUACACGGACGUGAGCCUGGCGGCGGUGGAGCGCGUGCGUGCUCUCAGCAAGAUGGGCUGCAGCGUGGAGAUCAACGAGGAGAUCGCCCCCCGCCGCUACUUCCGCUCCGGGGUGGAGAUGGAGCGCAUGGCGGCCGUCUACCUGGAGGAGGGCAGCCUGGAGAACGCCUACGUCCUCUACAACAAGUUCAUCACACUAUUUGUGGAGAAGCUUCCGGCCCACAGGGACUACCAGCAGUGCAGUGUCCCAGAGAAGCAGGUCAUCAUGAAGAAAUUACAGGAAGUGGCGUUCCCCAGGAAGGACCAGCUGAAGAAGCUUCUACAUGAGAAGUACAGCAGAGAACACACAGAGUACCUGAGGAGCCAGAGCCAGGCGGUGGUGGCGGAGGGGUGUGGCCAGCAGCUCCAGCGCCUCUCCCUAUUGGAGGAGGAGAGGCAGCGCGUGGCCCAGCUCCGCCGGAUGCAGCUGGAGUCGGAACAGUUCCGCCACUUCGAGGAGCAGCUGCGGCGCCAGGAGCUGGCCAAUCGCAGGGAGGAGGAGGCGGCCUCCAAACCGCCUGAGCAGACGGACGGGUCCUGCCUGGCGACGCAGGCCGCCAAGAACCACGUCCGAGCCCUCCCCGACCCCAACAGGAACAGGCCGCCGCCCCACAGCGCCAAAGCUGCCGGCACGCCGGCCACCGUCCACAACCAGCGUGUGGAGGGGCUGAGGCGGGUGGUCCUCUCCAGAGACCUGACGUACGGCUUCCUCCUGCUGGCCGACAGCAACACGGCCCGCGGCAUCGAGACAUGCGGCGUGCUCUGUGGGAAACUGACCCAUAAUGAGUUUGUGCUGACCCACGUGGUGGUCCCUAAACAGUCUGCCGGGCCGGACUACUGUGACAUGGAGAACGUGGAGGAGCUCUUCAGCUUCCAGGACCAUCACAACCUGCUCACUCUGGGCUGGAUCCACACCCACCCCACCCAGACAGCCUUCCUGUCCAGUGUAGACCUGCACACACACUGCUCCUACCAGCUCAUGCUGCCGGAGGCCAUCGCCAUCGUCUGCGCCCCCAAACACAACGAUACGGGGGUGUUCAGGCUCACAGGCCCAGGCAUGGGGGAGGUGGGAGGCUGCAGGAUGAAAGGCUUUCACCCCCACUCCAAGGACCCUCCCCUCUUCACCCAUUGUAAGCACGUGGUGUUGAAGGACUACAAGACCACAGUGCUGGACCUCAGGUGACAGAGAAGGGACCUUCACCGCCGCACCAUGAACCCUCACCCCCUCCUCACAGCUUCACUCCAACAUGAGCCCAACCCUCCCCUGCCACAUCGCAGACUGGAAACGUUUGUUUACAUGACGGCAUUUGUACUUUUAUUUAUUUCUGUGAAGACGGUACUGUAAACGGAGAGGGCCCGUUAAAUGCUGGAGUGUCUUGAACUUGGACAGUGGAGCUGUGAACUUUGUUGACGUUUAUUGUUGUUUUAAUGCUGCUGCUGUUGUUGUUUUUUUAUCCUGCUUGUUUAUGCGAUGGCCUUUUGAUAGGGAAGGACUAGUUGACAAAAGCCUUUACAGCACAAGGCCUGAGGUGUCUCAGAGAUGGUGUGUGUGUGCGUGUAUGUGUGCUUGCGCAGACUUGAGACAUGUUUCUAGCGUACACUGUAUGUGUGUGUGUGUAAAGACUUAUUUUGCUGAUCCAGGUUUGGUGAACAUUUGAAGUAAUAUGAGAAAGUCACUGCUUGAAUUUUGAUGACAACUUUGUGGAUACUGGUCUAGGAAGUUGCUUUUGUGUUUUGUGAUAGUGUUUUACUUCUAACUGGUAAACGCAUUGGCCACUUGGAUGUCACAGUCUUUAAAGUUUUUAACUAUGUGUGUCGCAAGUGGUGAUUUGGACCUAACGUAUCCCUUCACCUAGAGAGGUGGUCUGUCUGGGGAAGCUCAACCAAACAGGACCUAACGUAUCCCUCCGCCUAGAGGUUGUUCUACUGUCUGGAGAAGCCCUACCAAAGUGCUCUGAGAAUAUCAGUCAAACAAAGACACCGUAGACGCCUUAUCUUUUCUCCCAUAUCCUCCUCUCCUAUAUCCUCCUCUCCUCUACCCUUUUUCUGUGAGGGGUACCAGGUUUUAGGGUGAGUUCUCUAAAGCUCCGAGGCACUAGGAUCAUUUGAAGUAUUUUGGCAAUAGACAAAGUCUGUCUUAUUUUUCUAUCUCAUGCUGAUUCUGUACCCAGGUGGUCAUGUCUCAGGAGCUGUGGGUGUCUCAACGCUCCUUCCCAGCUAGUCCAGAGCUCUCCAACCCUCUUUCUGGGCUCCCCCAACCCCUCAUUUAGUGCACACCCUUCUAACAGCUGCUGCGAGUCAGGUUAGUUACAAUCUGAGAAAAUAAUAACCCUACUGGACUGUUAGCUGUCCAGGAACAGGGAUGGGGGAACUCCACCAUUGUUCAUCUCCGUCGGCGGCUGAGGCAGGAAGAGCCCUCCCCCGAGGUUCUGUCACCGCUGACAGCCUUCGCAGGGUCCACUGCAGAGCGAGGGCGUCGGUACCCAGGUUGUUCAGAGACUGCUCUGCCUCUGCUCCGUAAAGCCCACGUCCCACUGCGAGGCUAUGAGCUUGAAGCAAACGUGUAUGUUCUUGUGGCUUCGUGUGUGUGUGUGUGUGUGUGGACUGUCGGCCGUGACCCCUUGAGCCUGUAUGUGAAGGUCACGCCCCUCUUUUACACUGCCGGUUUACUAAUAAAACUGCUACUGAUC